AUGUCUUCCUAUGUGGUCAAACAGAUGCCAGAUGCAGUCACCAAGACUGUUGACGGCCGUCAAAGCCCCGAGUCUUGGGGAUCGAAGGCUGCUCCACUCGCUGUCCAGAAAGUUCAGCCUUGGAGAGAGUGGGCCGAGCCCGAGAACAUUCGCACCUUCAAAGCCACUUGUGGACCUCUUCAUCCAGAUGUCCGUCUUCAGCAACAACGCGAUGAGCAUGGCGGCGCUGGGGGGGUAGAUCUACACAUUCACGAUCAUAAAUCGGCAUAUAGGAGGGUUGAGAGAGUAGGUUGUUUGUUACGGAGGACGAAGGAUGACGGGAAGAUGCCGGGAGUUGCUUUUACUUCUUGA